AUGUAACCAAUUUAUAAUCAGACAUUUUCCACACCAAGACAACAUGUCCAAGCUUCACCAUAACAAUAAAUUAGCAAUAAUUACAAUUAAUUAAUGAUGCAAUAUUCCGAAUUAGAACAGGAAAUGUACUCUCAAAGAACUGACAAUCAUGUCAAGUAUCAAUAAAUUGUUUCAAAAAUCGACAACAUUUACAAUGAAUUAACUAACAAUAUAAAUUAACUUCAGUUUUCAUCUAGCUAAGAUUACUAAUAGUUGCUGCAAGAAUUAAAAUCUUAAAGAGAACAAAAUAUUUAAAUGUUAUCAGCAAUUGCACAAAGACAACAAUCUAAUAAAUAGCAAUCAUUUUAUGGGCAUAAAUAAAAUAUAUCUGAAAACUAUUAUGAUUAAAUAGUUUAACAGGAGUAGUAACUUCUAGAGGAUUUGCAAACCUUGGAUAGCUAUAAACAACAGAAAUAUGAUAAUCAUGAUCCAAUCCCAGUCAAUUCAAGAAUCUAAAUGAAUUAUUUAUCGCCUACAAGUCAUCAAAGAUUCAGUUCUAAUUACAACAGUGGGUAACAAUAGAAAUAACACACACCAUUGCUAUCAACUAAUCAUUCAUAAAACACACCAUAAGUGCAGUAUUUCAAUUAAUUAAGAUAAAACUAUGGCAUUAUAGAGUUUCCAUACAAUAAUCACUCAGAUUAGCAACGUAAAUACAAUGUAUCUACACCUUAAUACGACAAGAUAUAAUCUGCUAGAUACUAAAUGAAUACAUAAGGAGGGUAUUAAAAUAAAAGUCCAAUUCUUAUUACUAAUGAAGAGUAUAUUGUGGAUUAAAGAAAUUCAUAUUAUCCAAUGAAUGUAAGCGCUUAACCAGAAAAUGAGCUAUCAAUGAAUUACUAAGUUUAAAAUUAAAAAUCUUCUUUAAAUUAAUUAGGGGCUAUUCCAGUACAUAAGCAUAGGCCUAUUUUUGAAUAAUAAGCUAUUAAUAAAUCAAGGAUAACAGAGCCAUAUUAAGGCUAGCAUAUUAAAGAAAUAUCUAUUGAAAAAUAACCAAUUCUUAAUAACGAUAUAGAAUAUUAAAUAUUUCACUAAUAAUAAACACCGCCAAGCAGGAGGUAAAAUUCUUAAUAAAGUCUUCCUUAAAAUUUUCAUUAAUAAUAGCCGAGUUAGAUCCAUUAAAAAGAGAAAAUAUUUGAUUUAUCGAAUAUUAAUUUGAGCAGAGAUAAAUCAAUACAGCAUAAUGUAUAAUAAUAAUAACAACAAUAGUAAUAGUAAUAACAAUAAUAAUAACAACAACAAUAACAAUAAAUAUAGCAAUAAUAAUAACCAUAACAAUAACAAUAACAAUACUAGUAAUAAUAAUACUAACAACAAUAAUAUUAAGAUCAAUAAUAUUAAUAAUAAUAGCAAUAAAUACUAAAUACAUCAUAAUUUGAAUAUCAUGAUGUAAAUAAAAAUGAUUAAAUUCUUCCAGUAGAAGUUUAAAAUUAAAAUAUACUCAAUGAAUCAUAAAAAAGUUAUAUUAUGGACUUGUAUGGCAAUUUAGGCUAUGAUUAAUUUUAUUAAUAUCUCUGUCAAAAAUAUCCAAUAAAAAAUUAAUACCUCUAAAUUAAUAAUAAACCUAAUCAUGGAGAUUAAAGAAUUUUAAGAUAGGAUUAAGAAGCCUUAGAUUUGAUGUAGUAUAUAUAUUGUACUAUGUGUGAUUAAUUCAUUUCAAUUAAGUAAGCAAAUAAUCAUCUAAACUUCUGCAUAAAUAAUAAACAAGCUAAAUAGCCAUAAGAUGAUAAAUAUUUAGACCUAUUUAUUUGCUGCACUGAACCAAUGAAUUAAUAUAUAGAAACCAGAGACUAAAAGUAGAGAAGACUAAUAAAUGAAUUGACAAAGAUAAAAUAUUUAAUAGAAGUAGCUUUAAAACAAAAAGAAUAUACUGCUGAACAGUAGAAAUAAAAAGAAUAUUGCUUGUUUGCUCUUGAAAUCUUAAAUUUAAUAAUAGAUAAUCCAAGAAAUCAGUCCAUAACUCAAUAAGCUUAAGAUUUAGUAAGUGUCUAUUAAGUCUUGGAUCAACAACAAUAUAACUUUUAUAAAUAGAUUGUUUUUUUAUUAUAAAAAGCAAAUGUAAGAAUUUCCUAAUUAAUUUAAUGA